AGUAACUUAACUUCUACCAUCACAUAACUUACCAAUUUCUUCUUAAAGGGGUUCAACAAAAUGUCUGCUCAACAAUUCUACGGUGACAAAGGUUACGGUCCUGCUCCUCCUCAACAAGCCUACGGCGGCGGUGGCUACCCACCUCAACAAAACUACCCCAGUUACCCUCAAGGCGGUGGUGGUUAUCCUCAACAACAGCCUAUGUAUGUCCAACAACCUCCCCAAAACCAAGGUGGUGGUGGUGAUAUGUGCUGUGGUCUAUUGGCUGGUCUCGCAUGCUGUUGUUGCUUGGAUGCAUUAUUUUAAGAUGGAUGACGUACAAAUGAUGCGUAUUUGCAGUAAAGGUUUGUAAUUUCUAAAAGAAAUGAAUCUUUUUUACUGUUGAAAUCUUGCCGUUUUGGGCUGAUCUUUUUCAAGUCGCUUUUGCUUAAGCAUUCUCCUUUCUUUUUACAAGAACCUUACUACUUUUUUAUUUGAAAAAUGGCUUUGAAAAAAUAUAGAGGAUCUUCCAUUUUCUUGGUGGCCUUCUUUGGUUAUUUUACUUUAUGAAGAGGGAACUAAUAUUUCCUAAUUCAUCACGUUAUAUUUGUACUUGUUUGACAGCAUUAUUUUCCGACUUAAGGCUUGUAUAAGAAAGAGCAUCUUAACUUUUCUUAGAGACUCAUCUACUAAACGAGAUGGUAAAUCCUUUACUCUGUUUGCAAAUGCCCUUAAUUACAAGAAUUUCGGUAUUUUGUGAAUCCACGAACUAAGCAGAAUCACAUCGGUAUUCGAUCGUUUUAUUUUCCUCUCUUCUUCUCUUCUCUUCUCUUUUUUUUUUUUAUUAUAAUCAAAUAUUCCGGGGACUAAUUCUUAAGCUUUCGUUCACAUAUAUAUAUAUAUAUAUAUAUAUAUAUAUAUAUGUGAACGUACCAUUUAGUAUAUUAAUGGACUUAAUAAUAAACGCUCCUUUAGUGAUUGUGAUAAUUCAUGUCUAUCCGAGUGUUUUAAUUUUUUUAUCAAAACAUUUUUAUGCUAGAGAGGUAAGAGACUGCUGAGAUAAUAGUAGAAUGAUGCCCCUGUAAGUGGGUCCCAUUUUUCGACCUUAAGUCGUUUGUAGAGGAGACAAGAGCUACGUUAAACUAGUCUAUGAAUUGAAAACAACUUUCUAAUCGUUGCAUAUGUUAAACAUCCUG